UUGUGAUCUAGGAAACAAAUAAAAUUAAAUAGCCGCUCGGAUUCUUAAAAAAUCACCAUUUUCGCCAAAUGCAAUAUUUUAGGAGUUGUUCAACUUGUUUAAAACCAAUACAAUAAGCAUGAGGUAACACAGAAAAAAAAUUUUCUAUAUUCAAAUAAAAGUAUGAACAAUAUUCUCCAAAACACCCCAAAAGAAUCAAUCAUGUAAGCUAAUAUGGCUUCAAAUAGUUGUUCAGAAAGUAAUAUAUCUAACAAAGUUGAUCACUUUGAUCAUUUAUAUGAAAGUGAUGAGUCUUCUGAUGAAGAUUUUUUUCAGGGUGCUCAUAUUAAAACUAAAAUUAUAUCUGCGUGGAACAAUGUAAAGUAUGGAUUCAAUGUUCCCUAUAAACCUUCAUUUGAUAGCGAUAGUCCUAUUUGGUUGCUUGGAAGAUGUUAUUAUGCUAAACAAGCAGAGUAUGACUCAAAAAAUGCUGUUCAAAAUACACGGUACAAAAUACAUGGCAUUGAUUGUUUUUUUGAAGAUUUUUCAUCUUUAAUAUAUCUCAGUUAUCGUAAACAUUUCUCACAGCUUGCUAAUUCUAAUCUGACAUCAGAUAGUGGUUGGGGUUGUAUGUUACGUACUGGACAAAUGUUGUUAGCUAAUGCACUUCUUAUUCAUAUGUUAAAAGAAGGUUGGAGAAUAUCUGAACGGAAAUAUACAGAAAAAAACUAUAUUUACAGAAUGAUACUUCGUUUUUUUAACGAUGAAAACAGUGACAAUAGCCCAUUCUCGCUUCAUGAGUUAGUUAGAAUUGGCAGCAAGAAGCCAGGCGAAUGGUAUGGACCUACUUCUGUUGCUCAUACUUUAAGUGCUGCUGUCAAUUUAACAUCUCAUCCUGUUCUUGAUACAUUUCGAGUCUAUGUUGCAAAUGAUUGCACAGUGUAUAUAAAAGAUGUUAUCUCAACAUCAACAAAAUGCAAAAAUUGUACAAAAAAGACUUGUCAAGAAAAGUUCUGGCGAUCCAUGCUGAUAUUGGUUCCCAUUCGUCUAGGUAGUGAUGGAUUGAACCCAAUAUACAUUCCAUGUUUAAAGGCAUUAUUAACGUUAGACUAUUGUGUUGGUAUAAUUGGGGGUCGUCCAAAGCAUUCUUUAUAUUUUGUAGGAUUCCAAGGCAAAAAAUUGAUAAAUCUGGAUCCUCACUACUUACAAGAAUAUGUUGACAUGACGACUCAAGAGUUUCCUGUUGAAAGUUUUCGGUGUCAUUAUCCAAAAAAAAUGGCUUUCAAAAAAAUGGAUCCUUCUUGUGCAGUAGGUUUUUAUUGCCGAACCAGGGAAGACUUUGAAUCACUGUGUAAGCAAGCUGUUGAGAUGUUGAAGCCCCCCAUGCAGCGCACCGAAUAUCCAAUGUUUAUAUUUGACGAUGGUUCUAGCUUCUGCAGUGAUGAACCUGAUGGACUGUCAUCGCGGGACCAAAUGAUUGAGAUUUCGUACAACUCAACAAAAAAAUCAAAGAAGAAAAUCAAAAGUAACGAGUUUGUAGAGGAAUACGUUCUAGUGGAGUAAUCGGAUAUAUAUAUAUAUAUAUAUAUAUAUAUAUAUAUAUAUAUAUAUAUAUAUAUAUAUAUAUAUAUAUAUAUAUAUAUAUAUAUAUAUAUAUAUAUAUAUAUAUAUAUAUAUAUAUAAGCACACACUGAUAAUUUUGUGUGGAUUUUUAUUAUUUAUGAAAUUUAUAACGCGUCAUUUUAUAAAUGCGAAUGUUAUUUGGCAAAUAGCAAAGUAACCAGAAUUUAUGAAGGAAAUAAAUUUUAGAUGUUAUUUGUAAAAAGUUUAUUAUUGUAAUUUUUUUUAGUUCAGGUAAACUUUGUUUCUCUCAAAAAAUAAAUUUUUCAAUUUUUCAUACCCCAACCUCUGCUCUUGUUCUGUGCAUUGUUUUGAAUUUUAAGUUAAUUUUUGAAUAACUAAAAUCCGAAAUAAAUUUUUUAUAUUAUAUUUUCAAUAUAAAUUUAGUUUUUAUUUAAAUUUUCGCCAUUUUUAUCCAUAGAAGUCCUUUAUUAUGUUAAGUUGAAUAUUUAGAUUUGUAAAUAAAUUGUUUUAUAAUUUAUGAUUGAUACAUUUUUUGAUUGGAA